UCUCAGCGCUGGAUCCGGAGCGAGGGAGACGCGCAUCCCGGAGGCGCGGCGGAGGGGAGGCGAGARAGGCGGCUAAAGAGAGCAGAGCGGGGGAAAAAUCAAAUCUAUGCUUGGAACUGGGCUUCUUUUUCGCCAAUGCAAAAGGGAAUAUGCAGCACAUUUUUGCCUUCUUCUGCACCAGUUUCCUAGGGGCGGUGUUAGGGGCCAAUUUCCCCAACAACAUCCAGAUAGGGGGGUUAUUUCCUAAUCAACAGUCCCAGGAACAUGCAGCUUUCAGGUUUGCRUUGUCUCAGCUCACGGAACCCCCUAAGCUCCUUCCCCAGAUCGACAUUGUGAACAUCAGUGACAGCUUUGAGAUGACAUACACCUUCUGCUCGCAGUUCUCCAAGGGCGUCUACGCCAUCUUCGGCUUCUACGAGAGGAGGACCGUCAACAUGCUCACGUCCUUCUGCGGGGCMCUGCACGUCUGCUUCAUCACGCCCAGCUUCCCCGUGGAAACCUCCAACCAGUUUGUCCUGCAGCUGCGCCCAGAGCUCCAGGAUGCCCUCAUCAGCGUCAUCGAGCACUACAGCUGGCAGAAGUUUGUGUACAUUUACGACGCUGACCGGGGGCUGUCAGUCCUGCAGAAAGUGCUGGACACUGCAGCUGAGAAGAACUGGCAGGUGACAGCAGUCAACAUCCUGACAACGACAGAGGAGGGCUACCGAAUGCUCUUCCAGGAACUGGAGAAGAAGAAGGAAAGGCUGGUGGUGGUGGACUGYGAAACUGAGAGGCUGAACAUCAUCCUCAACAAGAUCAUCAAGCUUGAAAAAAAUGGGAAUGGGUACCACUACAUUCUGGCAAAUAUGGGAUUCAUGGACAUUGACCUGACCAAAUUCAGGGAGAGUGGAGCCAAUGUCACCGGCUUCCAGCUGGUGAAUUACACGGACACUGUUCCCGCCAGGAUCAUGCAACAGUGGAGGAAUAACGACGCCAGAGAGCACCCACGUGUGGACUGGAAGAGGCCAAAGUACACGUCGGCGCUGACGUACGACGGCGUGCGGGUGAUGGCCGAGGCGUUCCAGAACCUGCGGCGGCAGCGCAUCGACAUCUCCCGCCGCGGCAAUGCCGGCGACUGCCUGGCCAACCCCGCCGUGCCCUGGGGACAGGGCAUCGACAUCCAGAGAGCCCUGCAGCAGGUCCGUUUUGAAGGAUUGUCUGGCAACGUGCARUUCAACGAGAAAGGACGCAGGACCAACUACACCCUCCAUGUGAUUGAGAUGAAACACGACGGGAUCAGAAAGAUUGGUUAUUGGAAUGAGGAYGAGAAGCUGGUCCCAAUAGCUGUAGACACUCAAAGUGGCAACGAGUCCACGAGCCUCCAGAACAGGACCUACAUCGUCACGACAAUCCUAGAGGACCCRUACGUGAUGCUCAAGAAGAAUGCCAACCAGUUUGAGGGCAACGAGAGGUAUGAAGGCUACUGCGUGGAGCUGGCUGCCGAGAUCGCCAAGCACGUGGGCUACCACUACCGGCUGGAGAUCGUCCGCGACGGCAAAUACGGAGCGCGCGACCCCGACACCAAAACCUGGAACGGCAUGGUGGGAGAGCUCGUCUACGGGAGGGCGGAUGUGGCUGUGGCACCAUUAACCAUCACCCUGGUUCGAGAAGAAGUUAUAGACUUUUCCAAACCGUUCAUGAGUUUAGGUAUAUCAAUAAUGAUAAAAAAACCUCAAAAGUCCAAACCAGGAGUUUUUUCCUUUCUGGAUCCCUUGGCCUAYGAGAUUUGGAUGUGCAUCGUUUUUGCCUACAUUGGAGUGAGCGUUGUCCUCUUCCUGGUGAGUCGCUUCAGCCCCUACGAGUGGCACACUGAGGAGGCAGAGGAAGGACGGGACCAGCCRGCCACUGACCAGACAAACGAGUUUGGGAUAUUCAACAGCCUCUGGUUCUCCCUAGGAGCUUUCAUGCAGCAAGGAUGUGAUAUUUCUCCAAGGUCUCUCUCCGGCCGCAUAGUCGGUGGCGUCUGGUGGUUCUUCACCUUGAUCAUCAUAUCCUCCUACACAGCUAACCUGGCUGCCUUCCUCACCGUGGAGAGGAUGGUGUCUCCCAUCGAGAGCGCAGAGGACUUGGCCAAGCAGACAGAAAUCGCCUACGGGACCCUGGAGGCUGGCUCCACUAAAGAAUUUUUUAGGCGCUCCAAAAUAGCAGUGUUUGAGAAGAUGUGGACGUACAUGAAGUCAGCCGAGCCCUCCGUUUUUGUGAGGACGACGGAAGAGGGGAUGAUCCGGGUGAGGAAGUCCAAAGGGAAGUAUGCAUACCUGUUGGAGUCCACCAUGAACGAGUACAUCGAGCAGMGGAAGCCCUGYGACACCAUGAAGGUGGGAGGUAACUUGGACUCCAAAGGCUAUGGUAUUGCAACGCCAAAGGGGUCUGCGCUCAGAGGUCCCGUAAACCUAGCGGUUUUGAAACUCAGUGAGCAAGGCGUCUUAGACAAGCUGAAAAGCAAAUGGUGGUACGAUAAAGGGGAAUGUGGAAGCAAGGACUCCGGAAGUAAGGACAAGACGAGUGCGCUGAGUCUCAGCAACGUGGCGGGGGUUUUCUAUAUCCUCAUCGGUGGGCUCGGACUCGCCAUGCUGGUUGCCUUAAUCGAGUUUUGUUACAAGUCCAGAAGUGAAUCAAAGCGGAUGAAGGGUUUUUGUUUAAUCCCACAGCAAUCAAUCAACGAAGCCAUACGGACAUCAACCCUUCCCAGGCCGGCUGCAGCAGGAGGCAGUGGAGAAAAUGGACGUGUGGUCAGCCACGAUUUCCCCAAAUCCAUGCAGACGAUCCCAUGCAUGAGCCACAGCACUGGCAUGUCCCUGGGAGCUACAGGAUUGUAAUUGGCCUUUUUGACCCAUUGCCUGGGUGAGAGCAGGGGCAGCCCAACUCCACCCCUCCAGAGCCAAAAAACAUACCCAACACCAACAAGACAAACAGUGAUGACAGAAGGGACAAUCGGAUGGAUCUUCUCAAGGAAAUCAAAUCAAUUUCCCUUUUUAUUUGUGAACAGAUCCACAGGCAGGAGAGCAGAAACAGGUCUGUACUGCAAUAAGGAGAGUAUAAUGGGAUUUUACAGACUCGUGAACCAUCCCUGAUCAAAGAACCACUGGAACACUAAUGAGGACAAUGCCAUUUUGUUUUAACUUGGUUGUUAAUAAGUCUUAGUGUGUGCAAUAUAUAUAUUUUUUCUUACUAAUUCCUGUGGUGUCAGGGUAACAUCAGCCCUUUCCCCCCUUCCCUGCUCAGUCCUUCAAUCUGGUUUAGUUUGGGAUGCAAACCACAAUGUCUGAGCUACUAACAGCAAAAAAAAAGAAAAACAGAUAUGUGGCAAGUAGAACUCACUGCAGGACAUCAGCAUUGACCUCUUUUGUCCAUCGUGAUUCUGCCUUCGUUGUUCUGUGGUGAACUCKGGCUGUGGAGUUAUUGCAGAGGCAGAUGGAGCUGCCCCCAGCGAGCCCUGCAGCAGGAAGGACUCGGUGCAGGAAGAAGCCUGAACAAAAGAAAGAGGCUAUUUCACAGGGGGCAAAGUGGUGGGUGAGUUUGGAAACCCCAGGCAGCGUGAGGACAAAGCAGUAAUUCUUCCAGAGGGGAUGAGCGGCAGUUCAAGAGGAGAAUCGCGUUCCUGGAGC